AGGUGGUUCUUGUUUUUCCUUUGGUGCAGAGGCAAUCUAGGUGCAAAUUGCUUGUCUUGAAUAGAAUGCCAGGAGAAGAAGUAUUAGCUCAAGAAGAUGAGAGGGGUAGAUGUUUUGAGCCUGAAACCUCUGAGGAUGAGUGGCGGAAGUCUCGAACUAGAUCUCUUAGGAGAAAAGAAAUAACUGCUUCAACCAGACUCGCUUAUAGUCUCAGGAAGCGUAAUACACGUGUAGGAAAUAGUGACUUUGCUUCAAUUUUCAUAGAAGAUGUCCGCGAUGCUAACGAGGAAAAAGCUGUGAAUUCAUUUCGUCAGGUGCUACUUACAAGAGAUCUGCUUCCAGAUUCCCAUGAUGAUUAUCAUGAAAUGCUGAGGUUUCUGAAAGCCAGAAAGUUCGACAUUGAUAAAAAAGUCCAGAUGUGGGCAGAUAUGUUGCAUUGGAGGAAGGAGUAUGGAGUAGAUUCUAUUUUACAGGAAUUUGUAUAUAAGGAGUAUGAAGAGGUACAGUGUUAUUAUCCUCAUGGCUACCAUGGUGUGGACAAAGAGGGCCAACCGGUUUAUAUUGAAAGACUUGGCAAAGUUGAACCCAGCAAGUUGAUGAGUGUCAUGACAGUUGAUCGAUUUUUAAAAUAUCAUGUUCAGGGAUUUGAGAAAAUGUUUAAAGAGAAAUUCCCAGCAUGUUCUAUUGCAGCAAAGAGGCAUAUAGAUAAAACAACAACAAUACUUGAUGUGCAUGGAGUGAAUUGGGUUAGCUUUAGCAAAGUUGCACAUGAUCUUGUUAUGCGUAUGCAAAAAAUUGAUGGUGAUAACUACUCUGAGGUUUUAGGCAACAAGUUUCAGAGCAGACUGUUACAGAUUAUAGACACAAGCCAACUUCCAGAUUUCCUCGGCGGCAGUUGUUCGUGCCCAAAUGAUGGAGGGUGUCUUAGAUCUGAUAAGGGACCUUGGAAUGAUCCUGACAUUUUGAAACUAUUGCAUUCUAGAGAAGCAAUGAAGCUAACAAAGUUUGGAAGUUCUUCUGUUGCUGAUGGGGUUGAUGUGAAGUCAUAUGCCAGCAAGGUUAAAAGCACUGGAAUAUCUGAACCUCUAUCAGCGUCAGAAGUAAGAUUGAAUCCUUCAGCCUUCGUACAAUCUGUUCCUUCUAGUGAAAAAAAAAGGAUGAGAGACUCUGCACCUACCGGCAAUGUACUUGAGCCUUUAAAUGCUGCCAGAGAAGUUGUUGGGGAUGUUGAUUCAAUAAGUGAUUCAAACAACAAUUAUCUCAGAAGACUACAGGAGAAGCCAAUUCCAUAUAUUAUAAGUAUUUUGGCUCAAAUCGCAGUCAAAUUGUUAACUUGUAUAUAUGUAGCAUUUGCGGCAUUGGGGAAAUGUUUUGUGGUUCGCUCUGUAGACAACCAACCAAGAAGCCAUGAGAAAACCAAAUCGGCUCAAUCCAAUUCCGAGGAACAAUUAAUGACUCCGGCGAUAAAAGAGCCACUUUGGCAAAGAAUUCAGAAUUUAGAGGCAGUGGUAACUGAGAUGGCUAAUAAACCUAAUACAAUUCCUCCUGAAAAAGAGGAUAUUCUUCAAGAGUCAUUGAGUCGCAUAAAAUGUAUAGAAUAUGACUUGCAAAAAACAAAGAAGGCCCUGCUAGCCACUGCUUCAAAGCAAGUUGAGCUUGCCGAGUCAUUGGAAAGCUUAAAGGAGAGUAAAUUUGACGGAAGAAAUUCAUGUUGGCCUAAAAAUAGAAGUUAUGCCCCAGGAAGAUGAGCCCGUUUUUCAGCAUCAGUUUGCAGUCCAUUGUUUUUGAUACUUUACAGCUGAAUUACUACCAGAGCUAAACUUCUAUUGGCUUAUAUAAAAGAAUUACUCUCAUUAUCAUAUAGGCUUGAGGAAUGUGGGCUAUGGGGAGUGCAUAGCCCCAAUGUAUAGAAGGCAACAAGAAUUUUUUAUGAAGAUUCUGGACUCCAAAUACUCCUUUUAAAUGUAUAACUGAGUGUGUUAACCACAUUUAUUUUCUUAUUGGCUUUUCUGUACAGAGGACAUAUACACAAAGUAUGCUACUCAAAUUCAGAUGUAUUUUAAUACCAGAUGCAUAUAUGCACAAAAGAAAUAUUUUCUGUAAUACAUUGUAACA